AUGGAGCUGCCCAAAAUCACGGCUGGCGAGAAGGCCGAGGAAAUCCGCCCACUCCCACGCUUCACAGGAUUCGGAGAACCCUUUAUGGAUGGGAGUAGACACAGCGGCCGCAGACACAGGUACGCCGAGCAACACAGCGGCCGCAGACACAGGUACGCCGAGCAACACAGCGGCCGCAGACACAGGUACGCCGAGCAACACAGCGGCCGCAGACACAGGUACGCCGAGCAACACAGCGGCCGCAGACACAGGUACGCCGAGCAACACAGCGGCCGCAGACACAGUGCUCCUCCGACUCCACUAUCAGAUGAGGGAGCUGCAGGCAACACCGGCCAGUCGGAUAAUGACAAACGACAAGGCGAAGAUGCAUCCAACAAGCACAAAUGCCAUUGUGCCAGCCACUGGCGUAGAAAAGGUUACCCUGACCAGCCCAGACCACCACCAGGUUACCCUGACCAGCCCAGACCACCACCAGGUUACCCUGACCAGCCCAGACCACCACCAGGUUACCCUGAACAGCCCAGACCACCACCAGGUUACCCUGAUCAGCCCAAACACCACCAGGUUACCCUGACCAGCCCAGACCACCCCCAGGUUACCCUGACCAGCCCAGACCACCCCCAGGUUACCCUGACCAGCCCAGACCACCCCCAGGUUACCCUGACCAGCCCAGACCACCCCCAGGUUACCCUGACCAGCCCAGACCACCCCCAGGUUACCCUGACCAGCCCAGACCACCACCAGGUUACCCUGACCAGCCCAGACAACCACCAGCCCAGACCACCACCAGGUUACCCUGAUCAGCCCAGACCACCACCAGGUUACCCUGAUCAGCCCAGACCACCACCAGGUUACCCUGAUCAGCCCAGACCACCACCAGGUUACCCUGACCAGCCCAGACACCACCAGGUUACCCUGACCAGCCCAGACCACCACCAGGUUACCCUGACCAGCCCAGACCACCACCAUGUUACCCUGAUCAGCCCAGACCACCACCAGGUUACCCUGAUCAGCCCAGACCACCACCAGGUUACCCUGAUCAGCCCAGACCACCACCAGGUUACCCUGAUCAGCCCAGACCACCACCAGGUUACCCUGAUCAGCCCAGACCACCACCAGGUUACCCUGACCAGCCCAGACCACCACCAGGUUACCCUGACCAGCCCAGACCACCACCAGGUUACCCUGACCAGCCCAGACCACCACCAGCCCAGACAACCCCCAGGUUACCCUGACCAGCCCAGACAACCCCCAGGUUACCCUGACCAGCCCAGACAACCACCAGGUUACCCUGACCUGCCCAGACAACCCCCAGGUUACCCUGACCAGCCCAGACAACCCCCAGGUUACCCUGACCAGCCCAGACCACCACCAGGUUACCCUGACCAGCCCAGACAACCACCAGGUUACCCUGACCAGCCCAGACCACCACCAGGUUACCCUGACCAGCCCAGACACCACCAGGUUACCCUGAUCAGCCCAGACAACCCCCAGGUUACCCUGACCAGCCCAGACAACCCCCAGGUUACCCUGACCAGCCCAGACAACCCCCAGGUUACCCUGACCAGCCCAGACAACCACCAGGUUACCCUGACCUGCCCAGACAACCCCCAGGUUACCCUGACCAGCCCAGACAACCCCCAGGUUACCCUGACCAGCCCAGACCACCACCAGGUUACCCUGACCAGCCCAGACAACCACCAGGUUACCCUGACCAGCCCAGACACCACCACAGCAUUCUCUCUCUACUAA